AUGCAAAGUGUUCUUAGCAAGUUCCAUAGAGGAAAUGGGAUGUUGAACUUUCAUAGAAUAAUUUUUAAGUCGAAUAAAAUGAAACCUUUAAAUCAACAUUUUACAUGCACGAAAAAUUUUCAUUCGACCAGAUUAAAAGGAAAAGUAGCUAUAGUUACAGCAUCUUCCGAAGGUAUUGGAUUUGCCAUCGCCAAAAGAUUGGGAGAUGAAGGAGCUUCCAUAAUAAUUAGCAGUAGAAAGGAAGCAAAUGUGAAAAAAGCAACUGAAAGCUUACGUGGUGAAGGUAUAAAUGUAGAAGGCAUUGUGUGUCAUGUCAGCGACGCAGAUCAACGAAAAAAAUUAUUUGAUACUGCCAAAUCCAAGUUUGGUGGAUUCGAUAUUCUUGUUUCAAAUGCAGCUGUCAAUCCAGCCGUGUCACCCGUUCUAGAGACUGAUGAAGUAGUAUGGGAUAAAAUAUUUGAUGUUAAUGUAAAAAGUGCAUGGCUUUUGGCUAAAGAAGCUUAUCCAGAGCUCAUAAAAAGAGGAGGUGGAAGUAUUGUUUUCGUAUCAUCAAUAGCUGCUUAUCAACCUAUGGAACCUUUAGGCCCCUAUAGCAUUAGCAAAACGACAUUGCUGGGCCUAACAAAAGCAAUUGCUUAUGAAGUCGUGCGGGACAAUAUACGAGUUAACUGUGUGGCGCCAGGGAUUGUUGCUACAAAGUUUUCUUCUGCGAUAACAUCAUCCGAGGCAGCAAAGGAAAAGAGUUUGUCUAUAGUACCAAUGAAGAGAUUAGGGAAACCUGAAGAAAUAGCUAGUGCAGUAGCAUUUUUAGUCUCGGACGAUGCCAGCUAUAUGACUGGAGAAACUUUAGUUGUAGCGGGAGGGACCUAUGCGCAUCUUUAA